UCCCGCGUGUGCGUGCGUAUGUUUAAAACCCAGACAAAACCUUUUUCCUCCUCAGAGCAGCGCAGCGUUUAGCCAUGCUACCACACAUCUUUCCACUCCUCUCCUUCCUCACAUUGUCAGGAGCAAUGGAAACUGGCAUCGUUGGCGGCAAGGAAGUUAAGAAGCACUCCCGACCGUACUUAGUGUCUGUUCAGCAGCAUGGCAGUCAUAAAUGUGGAGGGAUUCUCAUCAGAAAAGACUUUGUUCUGACUGCAGCCCACUGUCUGAAUCCAAACUUGGCCUCUGAUGCCGGUCACAACAACCUAGAAGUUGUUCUAGGGGCUCACAAUAUCCAAAAAAGAGAAAAGAGCCAGCAGAGGAUAAAAGUAAUAAAAAAUAUCUGGCAUCCCAAAUACAAGAAAUAUACAGAUGAAGGAGACUGGCGAAAUCUAUCUGUGGAUAUUAUGCUUCUUAAGCUGAAGUCUAAUGCAAAGCUGGAUAAGUUUGUGAAAGCGUUGGCACUUCCAAGCAAGAACAACAAGCCCCCAGUUAACGUGAAAUGCACCAUAGCAGGCUGGGGCAUGAGAAAUCCAGGCGGUAAAACAUCAGACGUGUUAUACGAGACCUCAGUCUUGCUCUUGCCUCCAUGUGAAUGCGAACGGAAGUGGCAGCAGUACUUUGACCCUGGCUACAUGAUGUGCACCGCCACCACUAUGAGCAAUGCUUUCUGUCAGGGUGACUCAGGGGGGCCUCUGGUAUGCAGCGCAAAGCCACAGGGCUUAGCCAUCUACACUUAUCCAGACAAAUGCAACGAACCCGACUACCCUCAGGUGUCCCUCAACAUCACCCCAUUCCUAGACUGGAUUGCAAGUGUCAUCAACAAAAAGAUUAGUACAUGAUGAGGAGAAAACAGAGCCUCCUGAAGUCACCUCCAGGCCAGGAUGAGUGUGCAGUCAGCUAUGAUGCAUAUCCGGGCCAGCU